GAUUUCUGUCAAAAUGAAAAAUGUUUUCGAGGGAGGAGGAUACGUUUCGUGUGAAGUGAUAUAAAACUCGUCGCUUUUUCUCUACCUGCGCCCUCUGCUAAAUUGUUAAUUUAUUCCUAAUUUAUAUUUCCUAACGGUGUACGAUGUACUGAGAGAAUGUCGCGUUCAAUGAGCGAUCAAUAAACGGUGAAAUUCGGGUGAAAAGUUUUGCAGAUUGGAUCCGAGUCAAGGUCCUGUUCCUUCGUCCUGGCGCUCGGCCGGAAUGUCGGUCGACAGCAACACUCCGUUGGACCCUCGAGUCCAGGUGGAGCUGGAGAAACUGAACACGGCCACGGAUAACAUAAACAAAUUCGAGGUGGAAUUGGACGAGGCAAAAUGUGAUUUCAAGAAGUUUUUAGCUGAAAGUGUUGACAAGAUUAAGCAAUCCGCCCAUAAGCUGGGAAACUCUAUAGAAGCUGCCAAACCAUAUUAUGAAGCACGGCUUUAUGCUGCACAGCUUUCAAAGGAAGCACAACAAGCGCAACAAAAUCAUGAUAAGGCUAAGUCAGUUCAUGCAGCUGCCAAGGAGAUGGUUUACUUAGCAGAACAAGGACUAGGAGAAAAGUCUACCUUAGAUACGGCAUGCCAGGAGAUGUUAAGUCACGCUGCAAGUCGCGUAAACCAAUCGCAAAUAGAAUGCACUGAAACACGUAAUUUACUAAAAAUUACAGAGCUAAAAUUAGAGGUUGCCAACAGCCGUGUCUCUAAGUUACAAGCGCAAUUGAAGAGUGCUAUCAAGGCUUCCAGUUACAAUAUUCGAAGAAAACUACUUUUCAUGAAUUUAUUGGCCUACCAGCAUGAUUUAUUAAUUUUGCCAUACUAUGAAACCCGAGCCAACUACAACGGCCUGCUGAAAGCCCAGCGAGAAAAGAUCACUAAUUUGGAGAACAAAGUCAGUGACGCCAAGAUGACGUACAAUGAGGCACUAAAGAACCUAGAACAGAUAUCCGAAGAGAUUCAUAGAAUGCGACAGGAGAAAUGUGAUAGCUACAAUUUAAACAUAAGUUUCGACGAAAGCAAUAGCAGCCCAUGCAAUAAUAAAAUGACAUUUCCAAAUCAAAUUGAUUCCUGUGAUGAGUACUUAGACUUCCCGCCGAAAUUAAGCAUGAAAUCAAGUCCUGUUCGACAGAAGCGAUUCGAUCAGCAUGACUGCCCUCAUUUGUUACGUGACUUUGAGCACAGGAAUGAUUUCUUAAUUUCAUGCGUUAGUGAUUUAGCGUCAAAAAAUGAUGAUCGUAGUGCAAGUACUGCCGACUCGGUGUUCUCACCCUGUCAGGAUCCGUCUUCAAGCUCAGCGGUGUCAAAUUUGGCGGAUGAUAUCGAACAGUGGACAGAAAUACGUUUGUCGGAUAGUAGCAGUUCGGGGUAUUCACAUCAGUCGGUCAUUGAUGACCGAACUCCGCCCGGUAGUGAUACCUCUUCAUCGGAGGAUAAUAGGAAGGUUACGUGCACGACUGUUUUUAACGUAGAUGCUAUUGACGAUGCACAGAACAAGAAAAAAUCGGGAGAAGGCAUCGGAACGUGGAUCACGCGAUCCAGCAGCUUCAAGUCUUCGGGACGGCGCCAAAGUUUAGAUAUUCUUAUAGAUGCGAGCGAUCGGGUUAAGGAUGUAUUUGCAAGCAGCUUCCAAAAAGUAGGACGAAGCUUGGAACGUAGAAAUAGCGAAUCGGAAGUGAAUAAUGACAACGGUGAAUUCUUCCUAUUUUCGAGGAACGAGAAAGACACGCUAUCAGAUGAACAAGUAGAAAACUUGCUUUUAAAUGAGGAUGACAACAUGCUGAAGAACAUCGGUGACAUAUCAAAGUAAGCAAAUAUUCAGAGGAUCCAAAGCAAUUUUGACUAAUAUUGAAGGCUUUAGAACAGUGGUUAUCACUGUCAUGUUAUAUGUGGAAUUGUCUAGUCAACAAACAAUUUUAAAUUAUCAACUAUACAAACAGCUGAUAGAAAAUAAAGAAAAAAAGAAACUGAUUAAAGUUUCGAUUCAGAUAGCAAAAA